AUGGGAGAGCGCAAAGGUCAAAAUUUUUACUAUCCGCCGGAUUUCGACUACAAGAAGCACAAAUCGCUGAACUCGUAUCAUGGAACGCAUGCGCUUCGCGAGCGCGCCAAAAAAAUCGAUCAGGGCAUCCUGGUGAUUCGAUUCGAGAUGCCGUUCAACAUUUGGUGCCUCGGAUGCCACAAUCAUGUCGGAAUGGGCGUUCGAUAUAAUGCUGAGAAGCGAAAAGUUGGAAUGUAUUAUACGACGCCGUUGCACGAAUUUCGAAUGAAAUGCCACUUAUGCGAUAAUUAUUAUGUGAUUCGGACGGAUCCAAAGAAUUUCGACUAUGAGCUCGUCGAAGGCUGCACACGUCAGGAGCGCCGCUUCGAUCCCGCCGAAAUCCAGCAGGUCGGCGCCGUCGAUCGCGGAUUCGCGCAAAAACUCGCCGCCGACGCAAUGUUCAAAAAAGAGCACGAGGAGGGCGAUCGGAGUAAAGCGGCGAGCGAAGAGGGACGCGUCGACAAACUCGAAUGGAUUCAGGAGCGAAUGAAGGACGAUUUUGCGGCCAACUCAUUUUUGCGAAGUCAAUUUCGGAAGGAGAAAAAGUCGCUCGGCGAUCAGCGAGCUCGAGACGAACGCCUACGCGGGAAGCUAUCGAUCGGAAUCACCAAGCUUCUUCCAGAAUCCGACGAUGAUCGCAAAAUUGCGUCAAUGAUCACAAGAUACAAGGAUGUCAAGAGUAAGUAUUCUAUAUUCAUUCAAUCAUUUGCGAGCGCUUCGAUUCGAAAUUUCGCUGGCUUGUUUCGCGAGUGUCUUCGUCUACAAUUAACCAUUUUUUUCUUUGCCGCAUAA